AUGGUACAACUUUUGUUAGGAUAUGGUGCUGUACAUUCUAUAAGAAAUUUACGACAUAAUUUAACACCAUAUGAAGAAGCUCAUAGAGAUGAUAUAAAACAAUUGUUUGUAAACUUUGAACAACAAAAAUUAUUCUCAAAUAAUGAUUAUGAUUAUAUUGAAUGGUCAAUGAAAACCUCUGAUAAUCAACAUCAUUUAGUAUCAAAAUUAUUAGCUGAAGUUAUUCAUUAUUACUUUAAUGAUUAUCUGAUGAAUCAGAAUAGUGGCAUUGGUAAUUCGGAAGAUCAAAUUAAUCGUGAACAAAUUGAAAUUAUUGAAGCAUAUUUUAAAGAAGCCAUAGAAAAGCAAGAUUAUUUAACAUAUUUUAUAAAAGCUUAUACAUUAACAAAUUAUUUUCAUAAAAUAUUAAAUAAACAUUUGGCACUGUAUAUUUUAGAAUAUUUUGAUAAAACAAAAGAUUUUUCAUCAAAUUAUCGUCUUGUAAAUUGUCUUAUUCACAUUGUUACACUUUUAAUUUAUCAUCCAAAUUUACCUCGAUAUAAAUAUCAAGGUUUAUGUUAUCGUGGUAUGAGAAUAACACAAAAUGAUUUAGAUCAGUAUAAAUUACAUCAUCAUAUAUUAAAUCAUUCAUUUUUAUCAACAUCCAUUGAUCGUCAAGUGGCUGAAAUGUUUGCUGGUGAAGGUGAACAGUCUCAAAUGAGACAUACUCCUGGAGAUAAUCGUGCAUUACAAUACUCAUGUUUAUGUCAGUAUUUAAUAAAACAAAAUUCAACAGCUAUUGAUACACAAAAUUUAUCAAUGAGACCGGAUGAAAAAGAAAUUUUAAUUAUUCCCUUUACCGUUUUUAAUGUAACAAAAAUUAAACAAAAUUAUCUUGAUGAUUCAACAGCAGCAAUUUCAAUUGAAAUUGAAUUAGAAGAAUGUGAAGAUCCGAAUGAUAGUAAAAACGAGCAUGAAAAUGGUACAACAUGUAGGAUAUCACCAUUUUUAUCAUCUUAUGAUGACAUAAAGAAUGUCGAAGAAUAUGAAAAGUUUAAACAACGAAAAGGUCGUCUUUAUGGCAUCACUGGAUUUUUGUUGUUGGCGAUUGUUUUAGCUUUAAGUUUUACGUUUAUUUUUAUUUUUUUACGAUUCCAUGGAAAAUACUACAAACCUAGCAAAAGAUGA